UUCCACUUCCUCACGCUUUGCUUACUCGUCGGGUUGUCUAAGCACGUGCGCGUUGUAUUUUUAACCGGCCGCAUCAAGCAAGUGCUACAAAUUUAAUUGUAGGUGUGCCUGUUUGUGAAAGGAGUGUGGAUUUUUGUUAAAAACAAAAGUGUUUGUCGAAGGAAAUUCUUUUAUAAAACUUCUCGUUGCAUAUUUGUAAUUUGAGAGUUUGGUUUGCAGGCAGACCAACAGUGCUGCAAGCGCCGACGCCGAUGGGCACGUGACGGGAUUUGGCCGCAGCAUACUAACAGCAAUCUGAGAGAUGUGCUGCUCAGGAAGCGAGGGCGGCACGCGAAUGACGAGGUGCGGCUUGCUUUGCGGUAUGGCCGCUCUGGCCGCUCUCACCGCUGCUCUCCUCGGACCAGCUUGGCUGCAUACCGAGGAAAGGCUGCCACACUUGCCACGUCACUUGGCUGGCCUUGUCAGCGUUAAGUUCAAACUCGGCCUAUUUCGCGCUUGUCCCAAGAUCAUCAAACCGGCUAACCUGUCAACGUACAUAACCAUUCCCGCUUGCAGUACGAUUCGGUACAAAAGUUUAGAUGACGUCAAUGCGACAGAGCUUGGAUUUCAACGUCUGGAAUUCACACCCAUUGUUGUUUCAAAAAUGAGAAUAUCGACUCCAUUUCAAGUAGCGGCUGCAGCGCUGAUCCUCGCCGGGACAAUAUCCGCCCUGAUCGGUCAUUGUUGCUCGGAUCACAGGACCCUCGUCGCUUGUGGUCUUUACCUCCUUGGCGGUCUGUCGUUGGGUGGCGGACUCAUAGUUCUGGCAUCGCUGUUGUCGGACGCCACUUGGGACAUACCGCAAACCUACUCUUCGUUUGACAAGUCUGAAGAUACUGGAUUGCCACACUGGCACUACGGAUGGUGUCUGCAGCUCUCGGGACUAGCCCUCAUCCUGUCAGAGCUCGCGGCCCUGCUCACCAUAUCCGGCUAUAUGGCGCGCUUUCCUACAGUCGAGGACAUGGUGCGAGUAAUGGUGCCAGGUGCAGAAAGAAAGUUGCGUGAACAGCGUGGGCUGAGUUCCGAGUAUCUAGUAAGAUCACAUCAAAAGUCACCUGGACCGCCUCCCGGAUCGGGUACAAAUCAACCUACGAAGGGUGAAGGUCCGCCACGACUGACCGAAGAGGGUACAUCCUUGCUGUGCAAAUCAGCACCAGACAUCUGCGCAUCGAAUCCGCAAUCUGCCAUAAGUUACGUCGACAAAGCUGACCUUUCACACAUGCUGCCUGCCUACCCCGAAACAAAAAUUAUCGAGCCACGAUUUGUCGGCACAGGCUUCCCCGACAAGGCUGAUCAGAAUAUUGUAGAUUCCCGGCUGAGCGGUUUCGUCGAUAAAGAAGGUCUCGUGAUUGCAUUCGCCGAGGGUAAAGAGCAACUUGCCUGCCAAGAACCACCCGCUCGGUUCAGCGACUUUCCACCUCCGCCUCUACCCUUGCCAACCGAACAGCAGCAACAGCAGCAGCAACAGCCGAUAACUCCACAACAACAACCACCUUUGGCGUUCGCUGACAAAGACACCCACGGCUUUAUCGUUGAGCAGCAAACGGCCGAUCAGUCGUUGCUGGAUGCACCAUACGGAUACGACACUCGCUACAACAGCCUUGCCGGUCAAACUGUUCCUAUCACUCUCAAGCAUCAUCAUCAAGCAACUGUAUCAGUUUCGGCUAUUCAAUCGUCUCCAACACCUCAAUACGUGUAUCAGAAUUUCGGCACGAUACACUCAGGGAUGCUAAGGGUUGCUGAACCCGGUACCAGUUCCACUAUGAGUUCAAACUGCUCCAGUCAACGAAGUAUGACUUUACAGAAUCCUAAAAGGAAAGUCACCGGUGGGGCGCCUAUUGCCCAAAAUGCUUUUAGUACUCUCGAAUGUGAACGACGAAGGAGAACGGGUGGUGGUGGAGGAGGAGGUGCUUCGACAACCGCUGCCAUGGCUGCAAGUGGCAAGGCUAACUUUUGUGCUGGCAGCGCGGUAUGACCUCCAACUCAUACGACUCUUCCUAGGUAACUGAGAAAUGAGGAGACCCCAUUGUAAGCAUUCACUGGAGUUCAUCCUCAAUAUUUGACUGGAUUGUUAUGAUCUGACCGGCAGACUUUAACUACCGUAAUAAUAAUUUUCAUGACCAUUUAAGACUUUAGGAAAAAUGAGUUUUCUUAUUAAAACUCUACUAAACAUCUAGUUCUUUUUCACCAGAUUCUAUUAAAUUACUACGAUAUGACUGUUAAAAAUGGUGUGAUCUGCUUUUCUACAAAAUACUGCCAAACAUUUAUAACAGAAAAUCCAGCGUUAUGGAAAUCUUGCAAAAGGAAAUAAAAGAACCUUUAUAUACAUUUAUUAGAGUAGAAUGAAUUUUCCGUUUUUCGAUUAAAUAAUUUAGGCCUAUUGUUACUAAUAAUUUCGGUUAAACUAUUUAGCUCAAAAUUUUUCGAAAAGUCAUACUGGAAGAUUUAGUUAUUGUACUGAAAAACUAUGCAAAAUCUAUAUCAUCAUAUAUUUUAUACCUUGUUCUAGAGUUUUUAAGAUAUUAGAAUAUUUUUUUCAUUGUAACACUGUCUCAGACGAUUUAUGAUUUAUCCAAGAUCAAAUUGUUUAGAAUUAAAAGAAGUUUAAGAUUUUUUAUCUCAUUGAGCUUUGCGGUGGGAAAAAUGUAACUUUUGUAAAUAAAUCAUAAUCUACGUUAUAUACAUAUGAUAAAAUAUAAUAAAUACUUUAUGAAUCAAUAAACAACCUCACAUAGCAAAAAUCAUAAACAAGUUUCCAAUGUAAUUUGUAAAUUUUCAAUGAAUGAUUGUGAAUCUCAUUAAAAUUGAUAUAAGAAUGUGCAUUUGUACAUUAUGCAUAUUCCUACUGUUAAUAUUGAACUCUGAUCCAGACACAUUUUUUUAUGCUUACAUUAAGACGUGAUUACUACAAAAAUGUUGGUUCUAAUAUAAUGAGACAUAAAGUAACUUCGCCUUAUUUUGACUUAAUUGUUGGAACAAUCUUUAAUGAUAUCUUAGUAAGCUGUAAAAGUGAGGAAACUGAAAUACUUCCAAAAUGUAUAGAUAAUUAAACAAAGUGUAAAACAAGCUGAACUUAAAGUGUGGUAAAAAUAAAAUAACAAUUCAUAAAAUGAAUGUAGUGAAUUUAAUAAACCUGUAAAAAUGGAGUACUUCUUAAAAAUAUUAAUCUGAUUCGUAAACAUUUCAGCGCUUAGUUGUGUGGUUAAGAAUGGAUCCUUGACAUAUCAAGUAGUGUAAUAAACUAUUUUAAAAUAAUCUACAUUCAUGGAAAUUUACAACUGUAUGUCAACAGUCUAAUUUUCU